AUGGUGAAGUUCAAGGGCAGGAAAUGUGGCUGCCUUCCACGAGGUCAAGAGGCAGCAAUGCUGACAUUGCUGCUCAUGAGCCUGCUUUCAUUGUGGAGACUGUGGAGGAGCAAUGCGCACUCCGUGCUGGAUGACGCUGCGCAGCCGGUGCGAAAAUUUUCCUGGGUUGCGAAAGACGGAAUCCCAGUCGAACUGGCUUUGGAAGAGGCCGAGGGGGAUGAGACUGAUGAGGACGAGGAUGAAGAGGAGCUGGAGGGCGAACUUCAGGAGGCAAAGGAACCUUCUGAGGCACGCCCAAAACACCCGGAGCGCCGAGCUGGCGCGGCCGGCAGCUCGCAUGCCGAGGAAAAGACGGAGGGGGCGGACAAGCCGUGCAACAUGUUCACUCUUUGGGAGUAUCCAAACGGAGCUCCGGAGUAUGUGCGCUUGAACGUGGAGUCCUGGCGGCGACACUCUCAUGGACGCUGUGGCGAGCCGAUCUUCCUGUCGGAUGCGAACAUUCGAAAAUAUAUCCCUGACCUACCGCAGGAGUACUUCAAGCUUCCAUACCAAGCUUGCAAAUCGGAUGUGGUGCGCUAUGCAGUCAUUUACCACAAUGGGGGCAUCUACAUGGAUACGGAUUUUCUAGUACAAGAGGAUUUGGAUCCCGUGAUUGAUCUCAUGGACCGUGACCUCAUCUCCUAUUCCGGCAUGAACCCGCGAGGCAAGGAGUGCCCAGCCGACUUCAGCUCCAACUUUCUGGCUGGGCGCAAGGGAAGUACCUUCCACAAGAAGGUGUAUGACGCCCAAAUUGAGAAGAUGCAGAAGCACUGCCCCGCUUCUCAAAAGGGCAAGACCGUGAACGGACGGGAGGUGUUUUGCUGCUUCAAGGAAAAAGAUGUGAAGUGCGAUGUCCCUUGGGCAGCGAUCGGCGAAGGAGUUUCCCAUGGAGUUCUGCGCAGGAUGAAGGCGGAUGGCGAGGACUUCACCUCGUAUUGCUUCGCGGGCGACCAUUCCUUCGUGCCCUUCGAAAUAGAGGGAGUGCUGCAGCAUACACCACUCCUGACUGACGCCUUGGAGAGGUUUGAAAAGAACCAUGUCAAGAAUCCACUCGGACGGAUUGCAUAUCACCUGUUCAACUCGAUGACGUCAUUGCAGACAUGGUCUUGCAAGCGGCUGUCCAACAACGACAGUUUUGUGGGCAACCUUUAUGUGAGGAGCUUUACUCGCGGUGCGGGCAACAAGAUCGUGACCGGCAGUGCCGCGCAAGCGUUUCUGGAGAAAUACCCUCAGUUCAAGGAGCAAACAAGGUCGCAGGCUGUGGUGCCCUGCCUCAAGAAGAACCCCUUUGCGCAGCUGGAGUCCAUGGCGCCGCCAGCUGGACCCAUCAGCGACAAGUGCAACAUAUUUUCUAUCGCGGAGUCGGAUCCAUCUGCUGCCUUCGAUUUGAACGUGGACUCAUGGCGGCGCCACACCGAGGAGUUGUGCAAUGCGCCCGUGAUGGUGAACGACAGCAAUGUGAAGUCCCUGCUCCCGGACCUGCCCGAGGAGUAUUUCCGUCUUCCUGGCGCUCAGGAGAAGUUGGACUUGAUCCGACACGGCCUGAUUUAUCAUCAUGGAGGAAUGGUCCUGCAGGGGGACGUGGUGUUUCUGCGGGACAUGAGCAAAGUGGUACAAAAGAUCGAGCUGCAUGACUUGGUGUCGAGCUCCGAGCGCCGAAGCGGGCAGGCGACUGCCUGCGGGGAUUCCUGGCAAAUCCUUUUCACUGCAGGCAAGCGGGGCAGCCGAUUCCACGGAGCUGCGUGGCAUUUUGCGAAGGAGUUGGUGACAAAGCAUUGCCCUCUUUCAGACAAGGAGAAGGAGAAGGUGUGCUGCUUCGAUGACAAGAGGCUGAAUUGUCACAUUCCUGGAGGGGCUUUGGGAGAGUCCUUCUCCAGCAGACUCAAGCAGGAGUACGAGGGUGAUGAGCAGGUCCUACUGCUUCUCCGAAGCAGAGUCUUUUCGACCUGCGAUGUUUCAGCAAGUCCUCGAUCACACGCCAGCGAUGGACGCGGGUGA